GAAUCUGGGCCAGUUACGUCACUUCCCCCACUCUGAGCUUUCUGCGGGAUUUAUUAUUUCCUCUCGGAACUUUUUCUUCGCCUCUUUUAGUGAGACUGUUCUGGACUUUUUUCCCAGCCUAAACGGUAACCGACCAACAAUGUCGCCUCCUUCUCGACGGCUUCAGACGAAGCCAGUGAUCACCUGCCUGAAGACUUUCCUCAUCUCCUACAGCCUCAUUUUCUGGUUCACGGGCAUGAUCCUGCUGGCAGUGGGUGUGUGGGGGAAGGUCAAUUUGGAGGCGUACAUCUCGCUGGCUACCGACGAGACCACCAACGCGCCAUACGUCCUCAUCGGCACCGGUGCGGCCAUCAUCAUUUUCGGCCUGUUUGGUUGCUUUGCUACAUGCCGCGGCAGCCCGUGGAUGCUCAAACUGUAUGCCAUGUUCCUGACCGUGGUGUUCUUGGCAGAGCUUGUGGCCGGUAUAUCAGGCUUCAUCUUCAGGCACGAGAUAAAAGCUAAAUUAGGCAGCGCGUACAAAAAUGCAGUGAAGUCCUACAACGGCACCGAAAGCAGCAGAACCGCAGUGGACAUCAUCCAGAGGACUUUACAUUGCUGCGGGGUGAAAAAUUACACAGACUGGGCUGACACAGACUACUUUAAAGACAAUGGAAUCCCUGCCAGCUGCUGCAAAGUCAACACCAACUGUUCCCCGGAAACCCUGAAAGACCUGGAGAAAGCCCAGAAUGAAGUGUACACGACCGGCUGCUUUGCGCUAGUGACUAACGUGAUGGAGGCCAACCUGGGGAUCAUUGCUGGCAUCUCCUUUGGAAUCGCAUUCUUCCAGCUCAUUGGAAUAUUCCUGGCCUGCUGCUUGUCUCGAUACAUCACAAACAACCAGUACGAGAUGGUCUAAGUGCGGACGCGGCCGCCUGUGACUUGCCGUGCUGCUCCCAACAGACACGACUGACCCUCCUGGGAUUUUAAACCUUUUUAGAGUGACACACCAAACAUGCUGCCUUUUUACCCACUCACACGGCCCACGGCUGAGGAUCACAGCUGAGGAGCAGAAGGGAAUUUUGUAAAGGGAGUAUAAAGAGGAAAAGGUAGUUUUCCCCGUCAAUAAGGGACCCCAAGCAUUUCAUUUUGUUUCUUGUUUACUUAGAUAAGAAUGAAUAUCACAUCUAACGUUCAUUAUGUAGAUCUUGCUAAAGUACCUCUCACUGUGUUGACAUUUAUUGUCUUUGAAUAAUGCAGUUGCCUUGUUUUGUAAUGUUGAUAAAAUGUGCCUAAGUAAGAAUACGAUGAGCUGACAAGGGAAUGUGUGUGGUCAUUUGUGAGGGAUAUUAAGCUGCCAGCGUACAUAAAGUGCCAAUGGCAAUAACCCACGACAUCAUAUCAAAGUCAUCCGUGUUUAAUUGCUUUGCCUUUGUGAAAUAAUGGAGGAAAAUAAAUGUGAAUUCACUCAAA